UUGUCGCCACGGCCGGCGGGCGCUGCCAUGGAGCCGUGUGGUGGCGGCGGGCGGCUCGGGGAGCUGCGGCGGGAGGCGGCGGAGUAUUACCGGGGCCACCGAGUGCCGCAGCGGGUGGAGGAGGCGCUCAACGCCCUCUUCCCGCUAUGCCCCGCAGAUCUCUACGGGGCCUUGGCUAACUACUUUUCUACAUUUUCAAAAGCUCCAGUAAUAUGCAAACUAGCUGGAAGAAAAGUUCUUGAUGGAGUUGGUAAACCAACAUUAGAAGUGGAAAUAUACUGCACAGUUAAAAACUACGAGAAGAGGAUUUGUUCUGCUAUAAUGUCUUCUCAUUCUCAUGUACCCGAAGAUGCUUCACCUGAAAUAAAUGAAGGUGAUGAGAAAGAAAGAAGUGACAGUGUUGCCACUGCUGUGGAAUGGGUGAAUGAAUCCCUGAACGCAGUGUUAAGGGACUUGAAGCCUACUGACCAGUGUGAAGUUGAUAAGAUGCUUGGUGAAUACUUUAGAAAAAAGGUAGAAGAAAAAAAAAUUCAAAAGGAAGAAGAAGAAGCAGCAGCUCCUCUUUCCUGUGCUCCAUCAGCAGUGGCACUAUCUGGGAAAAAAAAAGCAGCAAAACCAGGGAAGAAGAUGUCGAGUACAGAGAGAACAAUCCCGCCUGCAGAACCCAUUGAACCAGUGCUUUGUGGCAGCUUAGCUAUUGGGGGAACAUCACUUGCUGUAGCUAAGGCUGGUGCCACUAUUAAUCAUAUCCCAUUGUACUUACAUAUAGCACUGCUGAAAUAUAAUCAGGAUUCACCUAAAGAAAUGACUCUGCCACAUCCAAUGAUUACUCUGUUGAACUGUGAAAAAUUUUCACCUGCAAAACUGAAAUUAGUGAAAGAAGUUAUGCUCAUACCACCAGCUCAGUUAUCACUCAAGCAGGGCAUAGAAAGAGUUCUGGAUAUACAGAAAGAAGUGAUGAGACUGUUGGAACCUGCAGGGAAAGUGCCCAGUCCUCAACUAGCAGACAAUAAGAAAGGCAAAGCACCUAAUACAGGGAAGAAAGCUCCGCUACCGCCCUUAAAAAGAGUAUCACACUUAGGCUGCCUAAUAACAGGAUGGGAUAAUCUAGAACAACCUCUACUCCUAAUGCAAACAGCUUGCAACAACAUAGGUCUGGAGCUAGGAACAGACAUGUAUUUAGCAAUAAAUUGUGCUGCUCAUGAAUUAAUGGAUUACGUUAAAGGAAAAUAUGAAAUACUUACUGGAACAUUCAAAAGUCCUGAUGAAAUGGUUGACAUGUAUGUGGAACUGAUUAAUAAAUUUCCUUCUAUUAUUGCAUUAGUAGAUCCCUUAAGGAAAGAGGACAGACAACAAUGGAGUAACAUUUGUUGUGCCCUUGGUUCCAAAUGUUACCUGAUUGCUGAAGAUGCUGCCGCAAAUAUUUCCAAACUUAAAAUAGACCAGAGCAUGAACGUACCGAUGUGCAGUGGUGUUGUUCUAAAAUAUAUUAAUCAAACCAAGGUAUCAGACCUCAUAGAAUUUACUGGACUUCUAGAUGGUCAAAGACAUAUUACCAUAUUAGGAAGUCCAGAUGGAGAAUCUUCUGAUGAUAGCCUUGUGGAUCUGGCUGUUGGACUGGGUGCCAGGUUUAUCAAGUUGGGAGGUCUUUCCCGUGGAGAAAGGGUGACCAAAUACAACCGCCUUCUUGCUAUAGAGGAAGAACUGGCCAAGAAUAGAACGCUACGGUCUGAAGCAAAUUUUGAGUUUACUGAUUUUGCUGAAGAAACACAGCCAGAAAAAGAACUGUCUGAUGUAAUUCCUCCCCCAGCGCAGGAUUCGUUGCCUCCACAGCUCUCUCAGCCAGCCCUGCAGGUUCACAGUUUGCCUGCACAGCUCCCAGAUAACAACACACUAACCUAGGUUGCCCCCCAAAUUAACUUUUGGGUAAAUUUCUGAAAACUAAUUUUGGUAAGAAACUCAUAUAUUGACUGCUACUUAAUCAAUUUAUUUUCAAGUACUUCAGCUAAAAAUUUUAAGCAUUCAAAUAUUAGCUUCUUUUCCCAGGAGACCAUUACUUCCAGCUGAAACCAAGAUAACUGAACAGUGACUACAGUUUGAAAAUACUGCAAAAUUCUGUGCUGUAUUUACAAGUUGACCAAACAAAUACUUCUGUGUUAACUUCAAAACUAAAUGUU